AUGAGGACCCAAAAAAGCCUCCUUCCCCUCCUCCUCCUGCUGUCCGCCGCCGCGCUGCUCGCCGUCGCCGACGCGAUGGAGCGCAAGAACUACGUGGUUCAUCUCGAGCCGAGGGACGACGACGACAGCGGCAGCGCCGGUUCGCUGGAGGAGUGGCACCAGUCCUUCUUGCCGGAGGCCACGCUGGACUCGGCGGCGGAUGACGCCCCGAGGAUCAUCCACUCGUACAGCCACGUGCUGACGGGGUUCGCCGCCCGCCUCACCGACGCGGAGGCGGAGACGCUGCGGAGCAAGGAGGGGUGCCUGCGGCUGUACCCCGAGGAGUUCCUGCCGCUGGCGACCACCCACUCGCCGGGCUUCCUCGGCCUCCACAUGGGCAAGGACGGCUUCUGGAGCCGGUCCGGGUUCGGCCGCGGCGUGGUGAUUGGGCUCCUCGACACCGGCAUCCUGCCCAGCCACCCGUCCUUCAACGACGCCGGGCUGCCGCCGCCGCCCAAGAAGUGGAAGGGCACCUGCCAGUUCAGGUCGAUCGCUGGCGGCGGGUGCAGCAACAAGGUCAUCGGCGCGCGCGCGUUCGGGAGCGCGGCCAUCAACAACACGGCGCCGCCCGUGGACGACGCGGGCCACGGCACGCACACGGCCAGCACGGCGGCGGGCAACUUCGUGCAGAACGCCGACGUGCGCGGCAACGCGCACGGCACGGCGUCCGGGAUGGCGCCGCAUGCGCACCUGGCCAUCUACAAGGUGUGCGCGCGGAGCCGGUGCUCCAUCAUGGACAUCGUCGCCGGGCUCGACGCCGCCGUCAAGGACGGCGUGGACGUGCUCUCCUUCUCCAUCAGCGCCACCGACGGCGCGCAGUUCAACUACGACCUCAUCGCCAUCGCCACGUUCAAGGCCAUGGAGCACGGCAUCUUCGUCAGCGCCGCGGCUGGCAACGACGGCCCCGCCGCGGGAUCCAUCACCAACGGCGCGCCGUGGAUGCUGACGGUCGCGGCGGGCACCAUGGACCGCGCGAUACGCACCACCGUGAGGCUCGGCAACGGGCAGGAGUUCGACGGCGAGUCGCUGUUCCAGCCCCGGAACAACACCGCGGGGCGCCCGCUGCCGCUCGUCUUCCCGGGCCGCAACGGCGACCCGGAGGCCCGCGACUGCAGCACGCUGGUGGAGGCCGAGGUGAGGGGCAAGGUGGUGCUGUGCGAGAGCCGCUCCAUCACCGAGCACGUCGAGCAGGGGCAGAUGGUAUCCGCGUACGGCGGCGCCGGCAUGAUCCUGAUGAACAAGGCGGCGGAGGGGUACACCACCUUCGCCGACGCGCACGUGCUGCCGGCGUCGCACGUGAGCUACGCAGCGGGGUCGAAGAUCGCGGCGUACGUCAAGUCGACGCCCAAGCCCACGGCGACCAUCACAUUCCGGGGCACGGUGAUGGGCUCGUCCCCGGCGCCGUCCGUGGCCUUCUUCUCGUCGCGCGGGUCGAACAAGGCGGGCCCGAGCAUCCUGAAGCUGGACAUCACCGGGCCCGGCAUGAACAUCCUGGUGGCGUGGGCGCCCAGCGAGAUGCACCCGCAGUUCGCGGACGACGUGAGCCUCACCUUCUUCAUGGAGUCCGGGACGUCGAUGUCGACGCCGCACCUGAGCGGCAUCGCAGCCAUCAUCAAGAGCCUGCACCCGAGCUGGUCCCCCGCGGCGAUCAAGUCGGCGAUCAUGACUUCGUCGAACACGGCGGACCACGCGGGCGUGCCGAUCAAGGACGAGCAGUACCGGCGGGCGAGCUUCUACAGCAUGGGCGCCGGGUACGUGAACCCGUCCCGCGCCGUCGACCCGGGGCUGGUGUACGACCUCGGCGCCGGCGAGUACGUCGCCUACCUCUGCGGCCUGGGCAUCGGGGACGACGGCGUGAAGGAGAUAACGGGGCGCCGCAUCGCCUGCGCCAAGCUGAAGGCCAUCACCGAGGCGGAGCUCAACUACCCGUCGCUGGUGGUGAAGCUGAUGUCCCAUCCGAUCACCGUCCGCCGCACCGUGACCAACGUCGGGAAGGCCAACUCUGUCUACACGGCCGUGGUGGACAUGCCGAAGGGCGUGUCCGUGGUGGUGCGGCCCCCGAUGCUGCGGUUCACCAGGGUGAACGAGAAGCUGAGCUUCACCGUGACGGUGCGGUGGAACGGGCCGCCGGCCGUGGCCGGCGCCGAGGGGAACCUGAAGUGGGUGUCGAGCGAGCACGUCGUCCGGAGCCCGAUCGUGAUACCGCCGGCCAAGGCCUCCGCGUAG